AUGGCAACUGCAAUCAGUUCUUUUACACCCUUUACAUUUAAUCAACAAUCAUUUUUUUAUCCAACAUUACCAUCAACUUAUCCGGUAUUAUCAUUUUUCAAUAAUUUUAAUUUUCCACAGCAACAACAAAUACAGCCACAGAAAGAACAAAUACAAAUUCAACCUCAGCAACAACAACAACAAGCAACACCAAUUCAAUAUGUCGAUUCUGGAAUGCGAUCAUUACGUCCUCGUCGUAAACCUCGUAUUUAUCGAGAAGUAAUUGUAUUACCAACACCUGAACCAACCUAUCGACAAGUACGAUAUCGAUUACCAACACCCGAACGAAGAGUUGUUGAACGUACAGUUCUUCAAAAAAGAAAUGGUGAAGUUGUUGUUCGAGAACAACGACCAAAAACAAAGGCAAGAAGUCAUAGUCGAAUAGACUAUAGUUCAAAAAUGGAGUCACAUCAUUCUCGACAAGUUCAUACUGAUUAA